AUGGAAAACUUGCCAGUGUGAUGGAUAACAUCUUUUUUUCCAUAUUUCGGAAAUGAAAGACUUGGUUAUCUGAAAGUGCGACUCGUCUGGAUUGUCAAACAGGUUUUCCAUUCUUAUCGGGAAAUAUAUCAUUCAUUACUAACAGUCUAAAGCACCUAGCUAUGGGAUGACUUCAUCUGGAAGCGAGUUCCAGUUCUCGUGUGACUUGAUUGUUGAAUAUUUGGUGGAGCAUUGCCAUCGUAUGCGAGCUUGGAAGAAUUACACUCACAAACGAAAAACGUACCAAACAAUCUGAGCGGAAAAUUGUUAGAACUGAGACAUGUAGUCUGAUUACUGGCCAUAUAUCUGGAACCGGCUUUCAUUAUCAAAGGAAGAAAAAGAAAGGAAAAAAAGAGGAAAAAACGACAAAUAGACUCAGAAAACAUUUGAAAGAAGUGGAGGCACCACCGAUAUUCUCAGCGCCAAUCAUUUCUGGACAGAAUCGCUAAUGUGUCAAGGGAAAAAAUCCAGACUUGAGUGUUUUUACUUUUGAAUCCAAAAUCAAGAACUGUUUUUAUUUAGAAAAACGUUCGUGCCAACAUCUAUCACGACAAGUCUUGUAGUUAGGUGUCAUAUUAGAGCAACUGACACAUCAAUGUUGCCAGAUAUGUACUGGUAGUGUUUGUUUAUGAAGUUAGCUCACGUAGGAGUAUAUAGCAUUGCUAAAGAGAUUGUCACUGAUCACUAAAGACUGUUCUGCACAGAACGCCUAGUGGAGUACUAGCCGAAAAGAAUUUGAAAUUCAAAAACAUCUUUCGUAAGAAGAGAUAUUGAGACACUUAUGGUGGAAUGAUAUUACGUGUCCUUCUAUCAAGUGAAGCUCUGAGAAUUUAAAGACCUUUUUAGUGGAAUCCACUUGCGAGAAAAGCCUAGGACUUAUUUACCGACUUAUAAACAAAGGAUUCAGUAGCGAGACGAAUGCAAAGCUGAGAAAGAUAAGAAGAAAACGCUAAGAUUUUUUAACCAAUCACGUUCAUAGGAAUUCUAGCAUGAGAAUUUAUCUUCAGGAAUCCAUAUCCGCAAGAAUAAUAACUUAUUGAAUGUGAUUUACCGGAAGCAAAAGAUCGGUGUGACGAAUGCAAAACUGAGAAAGAUACGAAGAAAACGCCAACGUCUCUCAAUCAAUGUUCUUAGAAAUUCUAGCAUGAGAAUUUAAACCUUUUUAGGAAGCCAUAUUCGCAAGAUACUGAAGGACGUAUUCAGCAACUUGAUUAGUGAGACGAAUGCAAAGGAGGAACUGAAAGGACAGAAAGAAAACUCGAAGGCUUUUCAAACAAUGAUGUUCAUAGAAAUACCCCCAUCAAGUACUGGUAUCAUUAUACUGCAAGUGACCAUUCUUCUCAUCAUUGAUGUUGCUGCCUUCGUUGGCAACUCCCUCGUAUGCCUCGCAUCGUACCGAAACCAUCGUCUCCGAACAGCCACGAAUAUCUACGUAAUCUCUCUCGCUAUCACAGACAUCUUAGCAGCUGCCAUCACCGCUCCGUUGUCCCUCGGGGCUAUCAUCAGUCGCAAAUGGAUGUUUGAAGAAGUCGGUUGUCAGAUCCAGGGUUUCUUCACCCACUUCCUAAUCUACACUUCAAUGUAUACACUUUCUCUUACGGCCGUUAACAGGUACUUCAGAAUAGUGAAACCUCAGUUUUAUAAGAAAGUCUUUGGGGGCAAACGUUCGGUGUGUAUUUUAGCCGCGGUGUGGAUGUUUGUGGCUCUUUUCGUCUCAAUCCCACCAUUAUUUGGGUGGGCUGAUUUUAAAUUCCAACCAGGCGUAUCCCUGUACAUGUGCAUUCUAGAUUUCAAGAGCUCUGCUGGUGACGUCACGUUUUUAUUUUUAGUCCUGUUCUUCUUUGUCAUUCUUUCCAUGACAAUCAUCAUGGCAUCUUACAUCCAAGUGUUUCGUGCCAUUCGACAGCAUAAGAAGACCGUACAGACUUCGCUGAACAUGCCGAAACGAUUUGGAACUGUUAGCGUAGAGGAAAUGAAGAUCACACGAACUCUCUUUAUUCUGGUGUUGGCGUUUGGGAUUUGCUGGAUUCCAGUUUACAGCGUGGUGUCUAUUAUCAGGACUGGCUUAGGAAGCACCAUGACCAACACAGGAUCUAUUGUAGCAACUUAUUUGAUAUUUUUAUCCUCAGCUAUCAAUCCAUAUGUGUAUGCCUUCAAUCACAGGACUUAUCGUGUUGAAUUUAAAAAGAUUCUUUCGUGUAAAAAGGACCAUAUUGUUGUUCCUGACAUUGGUAUUCCCCAAGGAGGGCCUAGUAAUCUUAGUAUCGGCCGAAGAAGAGUAAACUGUCAACCAGAGAACAGUGCGGUUGCUAGUGUUUUAGUACACCGUCAGCUUGCGUUUAGCGAAGUAAAGACUCGUGGGUUAGAGAGAGCGUUAGUUCAUUUAAAGAACCAGGGACAUCUUGCAGCAGUAGUGAAUAAUGAACCUGGGUGUGCUGGCUUGAAUCGUACGCCCUAGAUAACAAAAAUAAUAACAAGAGGUACUUGAAACGCAUAUUAGAAUCUCUACCGAUGUGGUUUACAAAAAUUGAAAUGGAAGGCAAGAAAUGAUAAAUGUAAAGACACCUUAAAAGUAACUGAACGGUGAUGGAAGAACAAGGAUCAAAGGAAUGAAUACAGUGGAACCUCUAUAAUACGAACACAAAAAGUGUCUAUAAUAUAAAGGUGUCCGUAAUAUAGAGGUGUCCGUAAUAUAGAGGUGUCCGUAAUAUAGAGG